AUCAGUUGAUGUUAGACUACAGAACACAAAUGUAAUAUAGUUUCAUUUUGUUAUCGGCUCAGGAUUAAAUUAAAUUCAGUUUGUAGUCAGUUUCAUUGGCAAGACAAUGUACAAAGCUCCGUUGGCCCGUGAUAUUUUAGAUAAUCCACUUUUGGUAGCUCCGCUACCUUAUAUCAACUUUCUACGUUACUUUAAGCGCAAGCAUCCCAAAUAUGGAGUCCGUCGGCUGCUACAGGAGGCUCCCGCCCAAUGGGAUGCCAUGACACAGGGGCAAAAGAAUCUGUUCCAGAAAAAGCGCAUCCUGGCGAGGGUAGCACGCUCCCCACAAGUUCAACUCUGCCGCGUCCUGCACCGCCGUCAAUGCAGUUCCAUAUCAAAGCUAAUGCGCAUCUCGUAUGGAUGCAAGCGUCGCUAUCGAAGAAAAACGAAAUAACUGCUCGAUUAUAGAUCUCUGUUAGCUUGUGCGCUUCGUCAAAAA